AGCAUUAAUGUAGCUGGCAGUUGCUUCUUAUUUUGCUGUUUUGUAAAAAAUUGUACUUUAGCCCUAGCAAUGGAGAACAGUAUUCCAGGGGCAACCAUAGGGUCAAGUGGGCAAAAAAUUCCAAUUAUAGGGUUUGGCACAGCUGAUUUUCCAUUUGGCUCAUCCUAUGAAGCAGUGAAAGAAUCUGUAAUUAAUGCAAUUGAAGCUGGCUAUAGACACUUCGACACAGCUUCCCUGUAUGAGUCGGAGAAGCCUCUCGGUGAUGCCAUAGCCGAAUCUUUGAAGCUCGGUUUAAUUCGAUCACGCGAUGAGUUAUUUAUCACCUCGAAGUUAUUUCCCAGAAGCGCUCACUCUGGGCUUGUUCUCCCUGCGCUACAGCAGACUCUCGAAAAUCUUGGAUCGGAGUAUCUGGAUUUGUAUCUGAUUCACUUUCCGGUGAGUUUGAAGGCAGAUUGUGAGCUUCCGUUUGAGCCAGAAGAUAUUGUUGAAAUGGACAUUGAAGCUGUUUGGAAGGACAUGGAAGAAUGUCAAAUUCUUGGCCUUACAAAAUCAAUCGGACUAAGCAACUUUACGUGCAAGAAAAUUGAGACGUUACUUGCCACCGCAAGAAUUCCGCCCGCCGUCAAUCAAGUGGAGAUAAAUCCUUUAUGGCAGCAGAAAAAAUUGAGGAAAUAUUGUGAGGAAAAGGGAAUCCACAUAACAGCCUAUUCUGUAUUAGGAGGCAAAGGAACCCCUUGGGGUACCAAUAAAGUGAUGGAAUCUGAGAUUUUAAAAGAGAUUGCCAACGCUAGAGGAAAGACAUUGUCUCAGGUUUGUCUAAGAUGGGUGUUCGAGCAAGGUGUAAGUUUAGUAGUCAAAAGUUUCAAUAAGAAAAGAAUGAAAGAAAAUUUGAAGAUAUAUGAGUGGAAGCUGAAUGAAGAAGAUUUGCAGAAGAUUGAUCAAAUUCCUCAAGAGAGAGGUAAUCCUGCAAAUUUAUUUGUUACAGAAAAAGGCCCAUAUAAGACCUUGUUCGACCUUUGGGAUGGAGAGAUUUAAUAUUUGUGUAAUAUCAAUUUUAUUGAAAAAUUAUAUAGUCAAAAGAAACAAUUGUAUUGUAAUUUUUAUUACAUGAGAGUGUUGAUGUGUGUUUAAAACCAACUUUAAUUAGCAUUUGAAAAAACUAUUUUGUAUCCUAA